UCAGCUCUGGCUGAACUGCGCAUGUCAACGGAAGUGGAAACCGGGCUGCGAGAUGACCAAUAACAACAAAACCCACAUGCAGUUUCGUUGCAUGUUACUAGGUCUAGAACAUCAACGAGACUGAAAAGAUCCCUGCCAGAUGUCGUUUAUCCUGCGGUACUUUUGUCCUUCUGCAGUGGAUGUGGUGUGUACAUUUCCAUUUCAGACUGAGCUGAAAAGAGAGAGGACAAACAGAGCGAAGCAUGAAUGAAGAGACUUCCAGUCCUGGUCCCCCUCAUCUGGGUCUGCUCAGUGUUCUAUGCAGGCAUCUUCCUGUUUGUGGGAGGCUUCCUUCUAGUCAGGCUGGAGGUGAACAGAACCAGCACCUGCACAGUUGUCUUAUCUCCAGGAGCCCAUGUGAAGGUUGAUUUCUGCCUGAGCGAGCCUCGCUUUCGUCGGUCAGUGGUUCUGAUCAUUGAUGCCCUCAAAGCAGACUUCACCCGCUAUGACCCAGAGAACACAGCGCCCAAGGCGUUUGAGAAUAAGCUGCUGGUUUUAGAUGAGGUGGCAUCAUCACACCCCUCUCAUGCGAGACUCUACACUUUCCGGGCCGAUCCGCCCACCACGACCAUGCAGAGGAUCAAAGGCUUUACAACAGGUUCCCUGCCCACUUUCAUUGACAUGGGGAACAACUUUGCCUCCAAUGCCAUUCUGGAAGACAAUCUAGUGCACCAGUUGGGUCAAGUGGGCAAGAGAGUUGUCUUUAUGGGGGAUGAUACAUGAGUGAGUCUCUUCCCCAAGAAGUUUCAUAGAUCUCUGCCCUUCCCCUCCUUCAAUGUGAAGGACUUGCACACCGUGGACAAUGGCAUUCUCCAGAACAUCUAUCCUACCAUGGAAGGGGAUGAUUGGGAUGUGUUGAUUGCUCACUUCCUGGGUGUGGAUCACUGUGGGCACAGAUUUGGCCCAGACCACCCUGCUAUGGCUGAGAAACUUUCCCAGAUGGAUGGAGUCAUCAGGUCAGUGAUAAAGCGUUUGAAGAAUGACACUUUGUUGGUGGUGAUGGGAGAUCAUGGAAUGACAGACACUGGGGAUCAUGGUGGAGAGAGCCAGAAAGAGACAGACGCUGCCUUGUUUCUCUACAGUUCAUCAACAUUAUUCCCAGCACCAGGCUCCCAGGUAGAACCUGAGGUCGUUCCUCAGACUGAUCUGGUACCAACAUUGGCAUUGCUACUGGGAGUCCCCAUUCCCUAUAGCAGUGUGGGCCAGAUUCUUCUGCCUCUUUUUCCUCAGAAUGGCUCCCAGAGUGUACCAACAGGACUCAGCCAAGCAGAGGCACUGUGGAUUAAUGUGAAACAGGUGAACCGCUUCUUGGAGACCUACUCUAAUAUGGCCAAAGACAUACCACCAGACAGUCUGUCUCGGCUGCAGGCUGACUUCUCCAACAUUUCCUCUCAGUACUUGGCCGCUGUCCACAAGAGUCAUCUACCCCCUCCUGAGCUAGUCGUCUCCAUGCAGAACUAUUUGACAGCUGUCAGGGAGACUUGUAGAGCCUCCUGGGCCCGUUUCAACCCUUUCAAAAUGGCUGCAGGGCUCCUAAUAUUGGGGGUUGCCUGUAUGUUGUGUUACAUCCUUUCUGAGUUAUCUUAUAUUGUAAUUCAAGAUGGCUUGUUAAAGAUGCUGAUUCUCUCAGGGUUGGUGGUAGGUCUAGUAGUAGCUGCUGGUCAGCUGUUUUCACAAGGUUAUUUGGAGCUUUCUUGGUGUUUGGGAGCUGCAGCACUUUCAUCUGAGGUUUUGUUUCUAUGGUGGGCUCGUGGAGUUUCUCCGAAAGGUAGGUGGACUCAUUCUCGGCUCCUCACACCGGCCCUGCUGGUGCUUUUCUUGCGCUGUGCCUCCUUGCUCUCGGACAGUUACGUUAGCUACGAAGGCCAUGUGGUUACCUUCUUACUCUUCAUGUUGAGUGUAUAUGUUCCUCUCUGCCUCAACUGGGAUGGACUCCUGGUGCCAUUUCCCCCACCAGAUACCCAAAAGGUCCAUCGGCUGCUCCCAAUAGCAUUGCCAUCUUCAGUGGUAAGGCGGGAGGCCACCAUCUUGUUGGUGUGGUUGGCGCUGCUGGUGGGAUCGUUGUACCUCUCCCUGUUCUUUCACAACUGCCGAGAGGAGCAGGGCACCUGCCAGCCCUCCACUUUUCUCUCCCCACUCUCACGUAUACAGGACAACCAACUGCGUAAUGUCCACUACGUGAUCUCUGUGGCCUCACAAGCCAUGUGGGUUUACCUUCUUCAUUGCUGGCUCAGACAUUAUGGAAACCUUAACUGUUCCAGUGUGACUGCGUUCUCAGCCUGCUUCCUUUUACCUCUGGCCUGUGUUUGCAUGUGGUUGCGCUGGGCAGUGAGCGCCACCCCAGAAGACACCUUCCGACACCUGACCGAGCUGAUCGACCUGGCCUGGGUGUUUUUGCCACGGGGCAUCUUCUGCCUCCUGGGCCUGGGGCUCCUGCUGUUGUGGUUGGAUCCUAUGACUGUGUUCCUUAAGACUCGAAAACCACUGAACUCUCUGGGAACAUCCUUACCGCCCCCCAAGUACCGAGCCAGCACGGGCAUCAGUCCGCAAGCUGAACUACAUCACCUCAUACCACAGCUAUAUCAGCGUAUCCGACACUCACUGGAAGACGGGGGCACAGAGGACAGUGAAGCGAACAGCAGGCCAGCCGUGGAGGCAUAUGGACUGGGCACGGUGUACUCAGCCCCCCUUGUCCUGCUGUGCGGGCUUCUGGGGCUGGCACUCCUGCUGCUCCACCCUGAGGGAAUGUCCAUUGCGUUUCUCCUGCUUCUGCUGGAGGCCGGAGCUGUGCUGCACAUCCAUGCCUGUAGCACAAACCUCUCCAGCCUGCAUAGACAUUCCAGUAAGAAGCAAUCCAAUACUACACCUUAUGCUUUAUGUAGUUAUUGCCAUAAGUGGAUAUACACUUCUAUCCUUGAACCAAUUCUUCCCUCUUUACUCUCAGAUGACUUCAGUGUACCAUGGGUUCCAGUAGUUUCAUGGUCUUUGGGGGCUGCCCAGUUUUUCCAUGCAACAGGACACCUCCCAACCUUUCCUUCCAUCCAGUGGGGUGCUGCAUUUGUGGGCUUUCCUCAGGGUCACACAGGCACUGUAAUUCCUGCCUUACUGGUGACCCUCAACACCUUCUCCUCUCAUAUCAUCUUUGCAGUUGGCUGUCCACUGUUGUUGUUCUGGCCUCUGGUGUGCGAGGUGCAUGGGGCUCCAUCUACAUGCUCAGCGGGAGGGGAGGAGAAUGAAGAUGCUGUCAUGGAGAUGAGACUGAGAGAAAACCCUCAGAAGUUCAGCUCGUCUCUCCUGCAGCUCGCUGCACGCUACCUCUUUGUGAAUGGAGCGCAGGUUUUUGCAUCAGUUUGUGCUGCAGCUAUCCUCAGAAGACACCUCAUGGUCUGGAAAGUUUUUGCACCCAAACUGAUGUUUGAGGCAUCUGGCUUCAUCGUGGGAAGUGUGUUUGUGAUGUUGGGGGUCACCAUGGUGAUGAGGGUGGACAUGGCAGUGGGCAGUAUGUUUAAGAAACUCCUCCCUCAGAACUCCAGGUAGCACUUGCUACUCUGACCACACCCCUUUUCCCUACAAGCCUAUUUUGCCUAUCUAGAACUCUUCAGAGAUGUGGAGAUAUUUAGCCAUCAUCUUCAACUCCACUGCUAUCCAUAUGGAUGGAAACAAGAUUUUUGUAUCUGACUGCAUCUAAUUUAGACCAGAGAGGUCUAAAGUUUAUCCUCAUCUUCGAACAAGUGAGAGAAAUAGAAAAAAUGGAAUUGCUUUAACGAAACUGCAACAGUCAGUAUGCCUUUACGAGCUAUUGAACCGGUGGCCUUUGUUGCUCUGCUGCCUUUGUACUGAAAAAGAGAGACGAUUGUCUGUGCAUGCCUUUUUACUGCCGCAAGGUUUUAAUGUUCCACACAUGUAUUUUUGGGAGGAUUAUAAUUAAUUAGAUUGAAGGGCUACAUGAAAUCCACAGUGUUGCAAUGGCAUGUUUGAACUGGGAGAAACGAUUCUGUUCAAACAUUCAAGGAAACAAGCACAUGCUCUAGGGCAUAAUUUUUAGCUAUGGAUUAACUAUUCAUAAAAUUAAAUUUUAAGGGUUUUUAUGUAAUUUUAUUCUACUCACCUUUAUUGCUUGAAAGUUGAUCGAUAUGCAAAAGCUCUUGGUUCGUGCUAACCCUGUGGCAUUCUGUUCAUUCCCUAGCAAUAACUGCCAAAGCAUUCAGUGUAAUUGGUUCAACCCUAUGUACAGUGGGCCCCAAAAAAUAUUUAGACACUUUUAGACACUUGACACACUUAAAAAUGUAUGAUAUUUUAUUUUAUUUUAUUUUAUUUUUUUAUUUUUUUGCAUUAAAAACAAAAUAUCAAACCAAGUGGCUUCUACAAGACCUUGCCUCCAAACUACUUUCUAAAGUAAUUUUUUGAGCUAUGACUUUUAACAAACUGGUCUCAAAAUACAUUUUUUGUGAAUGUAUGAAGACAAUUGUACUUGCAGAGUAACCACAGGUGUGCAUUAUAUUAAUUAUGGACAUGUCCCACUAACUUUGACAACCAGAAAGCGUACAAAUAUUUGUCUAACUUUUAAACAAAAUGCAAAAUGCAAACUUAUUUUGUGAAAUGUUAUAUUUCUGUAAAAUGAAUGCCACCUGGUUUGAUAUUUUGUUAUAUAUAACACAGACAUUUUUAGUGUGGGUUAAGUGUCCAAAUACAAAUAUUUUGUUUGUCCACCAUAUGUGUUUUUCACUUUUUUUAAAUAGAUUUUUCUAUUUUGGCUAGGUAAGCUCUUCAUCCAGGUAACAGGUCACUAGCUUUAACAGUUGCCUUGAUUGUUGUUCAUGAAUUAAAUUUGUUCAUUCAAUUUGCAUCAACUGUUAUUUAUUUAGUUUUCAUAUUUAGUUCAUUAAUGGAUUAAAUGAUUUUACUGAUCUCAUUUUUGAGAGAGAAAUGCAUGGGAAAUAAUUACAUCAUGUGCUCAGGUUAAUUUAGCAAAAAUGCAAUAGUAGUAUUCUGUGAUGCAUGGUGCAAUUUUUUUAAAGCAAAAUACUGUAAAGCCAUAUGAUGGCUUUUAAUAAUGUCUUAAUAUGUUGAAGUUUAAUUUUAGAAUCUGUGAAAUAAUAUUAAUUGUCUUAAAAUUAAUCAAGGGGAGAAACUAAAUAAAAUAUUUUGUACAAUUUGAAUUGCUCAUUUGUGUGUGUUGCAUUCUGGUGCCUUUUGUGAUUUGUUUACAGGAUCAGCUGUCAGCCUGCAGAGCGCACUGUUUUAUCUAAAAACGCCACAACAUCCUUUGAAAUCUGAUUCGUUCUUAGGCCUAGCAAUAAGUGCAUGGGUUAGUGCUAGAUCCAGUUUAUUUGUCACUUGAUCUCUCUUUCCAAAUAUUCUAAGUCAACACUUUGUUAUAUUAACUUUUUUUUUUUAGCAGUCAGGAGGCAGAAGAUGAAGUGAUGAUAAAAAUGAGCAGAGUCUGACUUAGUCUGAUCAAAAACAUUCAAGUGUGUUAUUUCAAUAA